AGAGAAGAACUGAGUGAAGUGAAGGAGGAGAGAGAAGAGCUGAGUGAAGUGGAGGAGGAACAUCAUGUCAAACCUGGAGGAAACAUGUACAUGUGCUUUGAGUGUGGGAAGACUUUCAUUUCAGGAAACAGUUUAAAACGGCACCAGAGGAUUCACUCUGGAGAAAAACCUUACAAGUGUUCACACUGCGACAAGAGAUUCAGUCAGUCAUCAAAUCUGAAAAAACAUGAGAUGAUCCACACUGGAGAAAAACCUUACAAGUGUUCACACUGUGACAAGAGAUUCAAUCGAUCAACAAAUCUGAAAGUACAUGAGAGGACCCACAGUAGAAAGAAGCCGCACACAUGUGAUCAAUGUGGAAAGAGUUUUGUGGAAAGAAGUCACCUGAAGCGACACAUGAAGAUCCACACCGGAGAGAAUCUGUUUAAGUGUGAUCACGGCGGAAAAACAUUUCUUAGGGCAUCAGAGCUAAAGACACACCUGAGAGUUCAUACGAAGGAGAAGCCGCAUUCAUGUUCUGUGUGUGGAAAGAGUUUUUCACUGCUGCACAGUUUACAUGGACAUGAGAAAACUCACACUGGUGUGAGAGAGUACGUGUGCUUUGAGUGUGGGAAGACUUUUGUUUUAGAAAACGGUUUAAAACUGCACCAGAGAAUUCACACUGGAGAAAAACCUUACAAGUGUUCACACUGCGACAAGAGAUUCAGUCAGUCGACAGAUCUGAAAACACAUGAGAGGAUCCACACUGGAGAAAAACCUUACAAGUGUUCACACUGUGACAAGAGAUUCAGUCACUCAUCCGAUCUAAAAACACAUGAGAGGAUCCACACUGGAGAAAAACCUUACAAGUGUUCACACUGUGACAAGAGAUUCAGUCACUCAUCCUAUCUAAAAACACAUGAGAUGAUCCACACUGGAGAAAAACCUUACAAGUGUUCACACUGUGACAAGAGAUUCAGUCAGUCGACAGAUCUGAAAACACAUGAGAGGAUCCACACUGGAGAAAAACCUUACAAGUGUUCACAAUGUGACAAGAGAUUCAGUCACUCAUCCCAUCUAAAAACACAUGAGAGGAUCCACACUGGAGAAAAACCUUACGAGUGUUCACACUGUGACAAGAGAUUCAGUCAGUCAUCAACUCUGAAAAAACAUGAGAUUAUCCACACUGGAGAAAAACCUUACAAGUGUUCACACUGCGACAAGAGAUUCAGUCUGUCAGCAUCUCUGAAUACACAUGAGAAGAUCCACACUGGAGAAAAACCUUACAAGUGUUCACACUGCGACAAGAGAUUCAGUGUGUCAUCUUCUCUGAAAAAACACGAGAGGAUCCACAGCAAAGAGAAACUACACACGUGUGAUCAGUGUGGAAAGAGUUUCUCUUUUAAAAGUCACCUGAAGCAACACAUGAAGAUCCAUACAGUGGAGAAACCAGUUAAUUCCAGUCUAAGAUCACGACGAGCAUUAAUGCAUCAUGAAGAGCUGAAAUCUGUAAAGACUGAGUUUAUUAAAGAGGACAGUGAGAACAUGAGUGAUCCAGAACCCUGCAGAAUGAAACACGCUGAAGAUCCUGAAGAACAAAGAGACCUGAUGGAAGUGAAGGAGGAGAGAGAAGAACUGAGUGAAGUGAAGGAGGAACAUCAUGUCCAACCUGGAGGAAACAUGUACAUGUGCUUUGAGUGUGGGAAGACUUUCAUUUCAGGAAACAGUUUAAAACAUCACCUGAUAAUUCACACUGGAGAAAAACCUUACAAGUGUUCACACUGCGACAAGAGAUUCAGUGUGUCAUCCUAUCUGAAAACACAUGAGAAGAUCCACACUGGAGAGAAACCGCACACGUGUGAUCAGUGUGGAAAGAGUUUUGCUUGUAAAAGUCACCUGAAGCGACAUAUGAAGAUCCACACUGGAGAGAAGCCGUUUAAGUGUGAUCAAUGCGGGAAAGAUUUCAGUCAAUAUUCACACCUUAAAGAACACAUAAAUAUCCACACCGGAGAGAAGCCGUUUACAUGUGAUCACUGCGGAAAAACAUUUCUUAGGGCAUCAGAGCUGAAGAGACACCUGAGAGUUCAUACGAAGGAGAAGCCGCAUUCAUGUUCUGUGUGUGGAAAGAGUUUUUCACUGCUGCAAUAUUUACAUAAACAUGAGAAAACUCACACUGGUGUGAGAGAGUACGUGUGCUUUGAGUGUGGGAAGACUUUUGUUUUAGAAAACGGUUUAAAACUGCACCAGAGAAUUCACACUGGAGAAAAACCUUACAAGUGUUCACACUGCGACAAGAGAUUCAGUCAGUCGACAGAUCUGAAAACACAUGAGAGGAUCCACACUGGAGAAAAACCUUACAAGUGUUCAAACUGUGAAAAGAGAUUCAGUCUGUCAUCCUAUCUAAAAACACAUGAGAGGAUCCACACUGGAGAAAAACCUUACAAGUGUUCACACUGUGAAAAGAGAUUCAGUCACUCAUCAUAUCUAAAAACACAUGUGAGGAUCCACACUGGAGAAAAACCUUACGAGUGUUCACACUGCGACAAGAGAUUCAGUGUGUCAUCAACUCUGAGAAAACAUGAGAGGACCCACAGCAGAGAGAAACCGCACGCGUGUGAUCAGUGCGGGACGAGUUUCUCUUUUAAACGUGACCUGAAGCAACACAUGAAGAUCCAUACUAUGGCUGUCAAUCUUCCUCUAUAAUACUAUUCGAAUUCCAUUCCUUAUUUAAUGUAAUAUUCAAAUAAUAUUCGAAUAUUAAAUGCUCAAAUUUAUCCUUUUAUUAAUAUUUACGACAUUACACAUUCUUAUGGAUCGUCAAUGCCACUAUAGCCUGUGGUUGUUGUUACACGUUUGGCCCACUAGAGGGACAUCUAACAUCACUACAAUAAACAUUUAAGGGCUGU